AACAAAGUAAACAUAAACCAAUCAACUCCUUAAUUUACACAUAGAAUCUAAAAUUAAUUAAUGGCGAACGGAGGAGGAUACGUGACGGUGGCAGCGGAAGAGAUGGAGGAGCUAAGGAGGAGGAACAAAGAGCUCUCGAGAGAAGUGGAGGAGAUGAAGACAGAAAUGAUUAAGUUGUGCAUGGCAACGAACGGUGGUGGCGGAGGAGGCGGAAGAGCGACUCUGCUCGCAGCUAGCGGAGCUGGAGGUCGAGUCUUUAGAUCAGGCACGUGAUUAUCACGAUCGCAUGCUCUUCCUCAUGGAUCAAAUCUCUCGUCUCUCUUCUUCUUCUCUCGCCGCUUCGUCGUAGAAUUAAAUUUAUUAUAGUCAU